AUGGAUUGGGCAGGCCUUUAUGGCGGCCAAUACGGGGUCCCCUUCGUUUAUGCUCAAGGAGCCAACCACCAGGGAGGUGUUCCCAUGAUAAACCCAGGAGCUGCCUACGGCGGCAGCCUCGCUGUUGAGAACCAACCACCCGUCGCGAAUCCCAGCGGUGUCCACCAAUCUAAUCAACCUCAACCCCAUCCGGGUAAUCUCAACAGCAACACGUUGAGCUCGCAAGACCAGGUCGCAUUGUACCACAUGCUCCUGGCCAACCAGCCCCAUCAGCAGAUGGUCCCUCACCAACAGAUGGUCCAUCACCAACAGAUGGCCCCUCACCAACACAACGUUGACCAUCAUAACCACAACCAGGUGCACAUGAACCAUCACGCUCAGAACAUGGUCGAAGUCGCCAACUUGCAAGCGCCUCCUCCCGCGGGCAAUGCAAAAGUCCCUCUUCCCCAUCCCCAAGCGGAGCACCCGGCGGUUCGGGCCCUCUCCGCCAUUACCCCGGCCACUGAGACCGAGGACAUUAAGCUCAUUAUCAGGAACGCGGCAGCUGUCCUACACGCCCACCAUCAAAAGCAAUGUGGCCGCGCUGGUUGCAACGCCCGCGCUUAG